AUGUUUUCGGUUAAUAAACGUAUGUUGAGAAUGAAAUUUCACUAUUUUCUUUAUUUGGGUGGUGUUGCUUCUAUCGUAGGAUUUUCUCCGACCAUAGCUAAACAAAUGGGCUAUUCACCGAUGUUAGUUGGCUAUCUUUACACAUAUCUAUCUAUUUUAUCCUUUUUAAUCAAGCCUUUAACUGGAUUCAUAGUUGAUAAAUUUCGAGUGAAAAGAAUAAUGUUUCUAGCAUUUGUUUUGACGUGUGGUUUAACAGCAUUUGCGUUAAACUUUAUUCAAAAACUACCAACGGAAAAUGCUGCGGUUUUAAGUUGUAACACCACAACAGUGUUGGACGUUUGUUCAAACAUUGGCGGCAAGUUGUCUGAAUGCGAUACCAGUCUUUUUAAGUUCUUAAAAAAUAACUCCGAGUCGAUUACAUGUCAAUUAAUUUGUCAACCUAAUAAAUCAUUUCGGGAUGAAAUAUGUAAAUCUUGGAGCAUGGAUUAUUGUAUACCUCAAAACAACAUGGAUACAAACAAUACAUUUGAACAUUUCAAUGUAUCUUUGUCCCAAAUUAUAAAAGAUCAGAUAGAAAACAAUUUCGGGUUUGAAGUAAAAUCGGUGCAAUUCAAGGAAAACCAGGUUUUAUUUCCCACGUGCCUAAAACCAGUGAGUACUCGAUGUGAGAUCGACUGCUCGAAUGAUGUUAUAAUGAAAUUAGCUACUAUGACAAAAUUAGAAGGAAGCAUUUUGGACUUACAUCAGUUCUGGGAAUAUUUCAUUGUUAUGAGUUUAUUUUGGAUUGGUCAAGCAAUCACUUGGAGUCUUCAAGACCCAAUUUGCUUUGAUCUCUUAGGUGCUAGACUUGAAGAUUUCGGUAAACAAAGAUGUUGGGGAUCUAUUAGUUGGGGACUUUUCUCGAUACUUGGCGGAGCACUUGUUGAUUAUUUUAGUGUUAGUGAUAUUCACAAAAACUACUCUCCAAUUUACUAUCUAUGUCUUAUAAUCGUAAUGAGUGAUUUUGUGGUAGCUUAUAAAAUAAAAAUCACUGAGACAAUUGGAUCUAAAAAUACACUAUCAGACGUAUUCAAAUUACUAACUAAUGUGAAUAUUGUGAUAUUUUUUGUAUGGAUCAUACUAAUGGGUAUUUGUACAUCUAUGGUGUGGAAUUACCUUUUUUGGUAUAUGGAGGAUUUAACUCAGAAGUACCACAGUGAACAGCAAUUGUGGAUAAAAACAUUACAGGGUUCAGCCAUAGGAAUUCAAUGCAUUGGCGGUGAAAUGCCGUUUUUAUUUUUUUCUGGUUGGAUUAUCAAACGAAUUGGUCAUACGCAAUGCAUGGCAUUAGGUCUUUUCACUUUUGCUAUUAGGUUCUACCUGUACUCAAUUAUAACCAACCCAAUUUGGAUACUGCCAGUCGAAUUCACAAACGGCAUCACAUUCGGAUUGUGUCACGCUGUAUUGAUGGAAUACUCAAGAAUCGUUGCUCCUGCCAGUGCUGUUACUACUGUGGUAGGAUUUUCUGGAGCACUGUUUGAAGGUGUAGGGAUAUCUCUAGGUGGUUUGAUAGGUGGAUUUUUUUACGAAAAAAUCGGAGGAGUAUCAACCUUCAAGUUAUUUUCUGGUGGCUCCUUCUUAAUGGGCAUUCUUCAUGUUUUAUUUAUUGUGUUCAGUAAGACAAAUGUAAAUGGUAGAAGUACCAUAAAUUGA